UUUUUGGUUUCCACCCAGAGUACCACCUGAACAGUUUCCGAAAGGAAUUGAUUAUUGGCAUCCAUGUGUCAGCCAUUUGGGAUAUCUUGACUUUUGCUAGAGAUGGAAUUCCUGGGAAUCUUUUUUUUAAUACUGAUUUCACUGAUUCAGAUUCAAUAUAUACAGGCACAAGAUUGUUCAAUCAUAUCGAUAACAUCUCCAUCAGCGACAUCCUUGAAAGUAAAAUGGAAAAGAUACAGUUCAGCAACGAGUUAUUUCCUGGACCUGAGGACGACCGGGGCGAUCUCCGCGCCGGUUGUAGUAACCGUAGCACCGACGAACACCGAACGGCUGGUACAGGGGCUGAGACCGGGUACCGUUUACACUGUGUCUUUGAAAGCGUUUUAUUUCUACAAUGUCGUGUGCUCUUCGUCGCCGCAAACAGCCUUAACAGUCCCCCCACCUUGUGAAGUGACUUCCUGCAAAUCGAUAACAAGCACCGCAGUCACUUGCAGUUGGACUCCUGCGUCGUCUGCAAAGUUCUAUUACCUGAUGUUGGAAAACGCGGCGAGCCGUAUAUCACUCAACAACUCAUUCACGGGUCAAAGCGGAGUGGUGGACAACCUUCAUCCAUCAACGCCUUACAACUGCUCUGUGUACGCUGUAAACGACGGCGGCUUGGGGGCACGCAGCACGGUGAAAGCUGUAACCACAUUGACACAGCCGCCAACAGGCAUCACUGUACAGUCGAUUAAUCCUAGCACAACCCGGGUCAGCUGGCAGAGGGUGAACAAGGUGCUGACCUAUCGAGUAACGGUGUGGGACUCGGACAAUGCAAGUGUCACUCUGAUGGUCCUUAAUGCCACCAGUAACGUCGUGGACAUCAACAAUUUGCCCCCGUGCGCGACAUUCACAAUUGGGGUAUCAUCUAUCAAUGAGUUUUUGGAGCCCGGAGAGCCAGCUAACACCACUUUCAGAAGAACUGAUAUGUUGCCAGUGACAUCCAUUUCAGUGGACUACAGAUGUGCAAGUAGGACCGUGUUAGUGACGUGGCUGCUGGUGUCUGGGGCCAAAUCAUAUAGGGCCUCAAUCACCAGCCCAGGCAAUCUUCCCCUGAACUGCACUUCGCAAAUGGGAAGCUGUGAGAUCUCAGAACUGGCCUGCGGGAAGAUGUAUACGGCUUUUGUCACGGCUGUGUCAGGCAUCUGCGAGAGAACUUCCCAAACAUCCACCUCCUUUGAGACAGUGCCCUGCCCGCCAGUUGACAUGAUGCUCUUCCGCGAAUGCUCUAGCAACACGAUUACAUUCUCUUGGUCGGCGACGAAUAACACGGUCCACUAUGUAGCCACAUCAGUGGACUCCACGGGCUUUGUGACAGAGUGUAUAACCACCGACACCUCCUGCUUCUUCACUACAACUAUCUGCAGUGAAACGUACGAGUUCACUGUGUAUUCCUAUACCGGGCAGUGUAAUAGUGAACUUAGCAUGCCAGUAUACAUCCAGGCAGCUCCCUGCGAGCCGACAAACCUGAAAGCUGUCGCCGAUUGCAAUUCCAACACACUGAUAGCCCUGUGGGACGACGCUCCGGGUGCCCUGUUCUACACAGUGGAAGCCGUGGGCAACUUUGGGGACUACUAUAUCUGUAACUCAUCCACGACGAGUUGCCCCUUGGCGGACGUGCUAUGCGGGCAGAGCCUGAGUGUCUGGAUCACCGCCUCUGACUACGACUGCACCACCAAUCGUGUCCUGGGGGACACGGCCGAGACAAUGCCUUGCCUACCCCAAAACAUAUCUUCAGAGAAUGACUGCAGAUCUGACUCUGUCAUGCUGAAGUGGGAUUACUCCGCCGGUGCUGUGUCAUAUACCGCCUUAGCCACGCAUGCGGACGGCACUGUGAGCAGCUGCAACAGUGUGGGCACUGGCUGCAGGGUCCAGGGUCUACGCUGCGGGGAGACAUACUUUGUCUCUCUCCUUGUCACCAACCUUAUCUGCAACAUCACAGAGAACCUGCACACGACAGUGGAAACAGCGCCUUGUCCGCCAUACCAAGUGAAUGCUUCCCUGGACUGCUCUGGGAACCGCGCCCUUAUCUCAUGGUGGAACACCCAAAAGACUGGCUCUCACACGGCCACAAUCAAGGACCAAUAUGCGGGGCAGUUCAACUGUAGUUCCACUACUGAUGGGUGCAUCAUCCCUGACCUUCGAUGUGGGCAAACGUACACAGUCAAUGUCGCCUACUACAAUGGCAGAUGUCAGAGCUUGCCUUCCGGGACUGUCCAGAUGAAUUCCGUGCCCUGUGCGCCCACUAAUGUGACUGCAGUGCGAAACUGCCAGCAGAGCUCGGUCAUGGUGAGCUGGGCAGCCAGCCAAGGAGCCAGAAAUUAUACUGUCACUGCCUUGAGCAACAGCGGACACAGUGUGGGCUCCCUCACUAACAACACAACCUGCAACAUUACCGGCCUGCGCUGCAGUCAGAUCUACGCCGUGGGAGUGAUGGCUGUGGGUGACAACUGCAGCAGCCUUUCAAGCCAGACAGUCACAGUAGCAACAGCACCAUGUUCUCCUACUAACUUGGGAGGUUCGAUUGACUGCUCAUCCAACACAGCCUCGAUCACGUGGAAUAUGAGCACAAAUAGUUUGAUGUAUAGUGUUCAAGCAGUGGGGAGGGCUGGAGACAGAGUGAGCUGCAAUAACACUGCCCCUAGCUGCCAACUAAGCGGCCUCCUCUGUGGUCAGAAUUACAACUUCACUGUAUCAGCCAGUGACACCAGCUGUCAAAGUCCAAACAGCACACCAUUCACCCUGAAAACUGGUCCAUGUACCCCCUCGAACAUCCGGAACCGCCUUGACUGCGGCAACAACACCCUAACAGUAAGCUGGGACCCAAACCUAGAUGCCUCAAACUACAGCGUGAGCGUCAGAUCGGCAGAUGGCACUGUGCAAUUCUGCAGCAGCUGGAAUACCAGUUGCACCAUCGGCAGUUUGACCUGCGGCCUGAAUUACACCUUCAAUGUCACAGCCUCCAGUAAUAACUGCCGCAGCCCUCCAAGCGUGACACAAACCAUACGCACUGUGCCAUGUGUUCCUCAGCUUGUCCAAGGGAACGUGGAUUGUGCAUCGAAUGCACUGCUGGUGUCCUGGAUCAGCACCCGUGGUGCAAGGACCUAUGCUGCCAACAUUCUGGGCCCCAAUGGCUACUCCAAUUCAUGUACCACAGCCAACCUCUCCUGCUCCUUCAGCCAGCUGCAGUGUUCUCAGCAGUAUAACAUCAGUGUGCUCGCCCUGGACAGCCAAUGCAACAGCACCAGCAGCCCUGCCAUUUCUGUGUCUACAGUUCCAUGCACCCAAAUGAAUGUGGCUACCAACCUAUCCUGCAAUGCCAGCACAGCAAUAGUAUCCUGGGAUGCCAGCCUUGCUCCUUGCCCACCUGUGAUAGUAAACAGUACCGUGAAUUGCACCACCAACGUGGCCUCAGUGUCAUGGGUGAGGGGGAACGCUGUGGUCAACGUUGUCGUCAACGCCUCGUCAUCCCAGGGCCAUCAGACCUGGUGCCGGUCCGGUAGUGGCACCUGUGACCUGGUGGACCUUCGGUGUGGCCAGAACUACACUGUGCGAGCCUCCGUAGCUGGGGCAAGCUGUGACAAUGCUGCCAGCCCUGCCUCUUACAUACUGACAGUGCCCUGUGCGCCCACUAAUGUGACUGCAGUGCGAAACUGCCAGCAGAGCUCGGUCAUGGUGAGCUGGGCAGCCAGCCAAGGAGCCAGAAAUUAUACUGUCACUGCCCUGAGCAACAGCGGACACAGUGUGGGCUCCCUCUCUAACAACACAACCUGCAACGUUACCGGCCUGCGCUGCAGUCAGAUCUACGCCGUGGGAGUGAUGGCUGUGGGUGACAGCUGCAGCAGCCUUUCAAGCCAGACAGUCACAGUAGCAACAGCACCAUGUUCUCCUACUAACUUGGGAGGUUCGAUUGACUGCUCAUCCAACACAGCCUCGAUCACGUGGAAUAUAAGCACAAAUACUUUGAUGUAUAGCGUGCAAGCAGUGGGGAGGGCUGGAGACAGAGUGAGCUGCAAUAACACUGCCCCUAGCUGCCAACUAAGCGGCCUCCUCUGUGGUCAGAAUUACAGCUUCACUGUAUCAGCCAGUGACACCAGCUGUCAAAGUCCAAACAGCACACCAUUCACCCUGAAAACUGGUCCAUGUACCCCCUCGAACAUCCAGAACCGCCUUGACUGUGGCAGCAAUAACCUAACAGUAAGCUGGGACCCAAACCCAGAUCCCCUGAACUACAGCGUGAGCGUCAGAUCAGCAGAUGGCACUGUGCAAUUCUGCAGCAGCUGGAAUACCAGUUGCAUCAUCGGCAGUUUGAUCUGCGGCCAGAAUUACACCUUCAAUGUCACAGCCUCCAGUAAUGACUGCCGCAGCCCUCCAAGCAUGACACAAACCAUACGCACUGUGCCAUGUGUUCCUCAGCUUGUCCAAGGCAACACGGAUUGUGCAUCGAAUGCGCUGCUGGUGUCCUGGAUCAGUAGCCGUGGUGCAAGGACCUAUGCUGCCAACAUUCUGGGCCCCAAUGGCUACUCCAAUUCAUGUACCACAGCCAACCUCUCCUGCUCCUUCAGCCAGCUGCAGUGUUCUCAGCAGUAUAACAUCAGUGUGCUCGCCCUGGACAGCCAAUGCAACAGCACCAGCAGCCCUGCCAUUUCUGUGUCUACAGUUCCAUGCACCCAAAUGAAUGUGGCUACCAACCUAUCCUGCAAUGCCAGCACAGCAAUAGUAUCCUGGGAUGCCAGCCUUGCUCCUUGCCCACCUGUGAUAGUAAACAGUACCGUGAAUUGCACCACCAACGUGGCCUCAGUGUCAUGGGUGAGGGGGAACGCUGUGGUCAACGUUGUCGUCAACGCCUCGUCAUCCCAGGGCCAUCAGACCUGGUGCCGGUCCGGUAGUGGCACCUGUGACCUGGUGGACCUUCGGUGUGGCCAGAACUACACUGUGCGAGCCUCCGUAGCUGGGGCAAGCUGUGACAAUGCUGCCAGCCCUGCCUCUUACAUACUGACAGUGCCCUGUGCGCCCACUAAUGUGACUGCAGUGCGAAACUGCCAGCAGAGCUCGGUCAUGGUGAGCUGGGCAGCCAGCCAAGGAGCCAGAAAUUAUACUGUCACUGCCCUGAGCAACAGCGGACACAGUGUGGGCUCCCUCUCUAACAACACAACCUGCAACGUUACCGGCCUGCGCUGCAGUCAGAUCUACGCCGUGGGAGUGAUGGCUGUGGGUGACAGCUGCAGCAGUCCUUCAAGCCAGACAGUCACAGUAGCAACAGCACCAUGUUCUCCUACUAACUUGGGAGGUUCGAUUGACUGCUCAUCCAACACAGCCUCGAUCACGUGGAAUAUAAGCACAAAUACUUUGAUGUAUAGCGUGCAAGCAGUGGGGAGGGCUGGAGACAGAGUGAGCUGCAAUAACACUGCCCCUAGCUGCCAACUAAGCGGCCUCCUCUGUGGUCAGAAUUACAGCUUCACUGUAUCAGCCAGUGACACCAGCUGUCAAAGUCCAAACAGCACACCAUUCACCCUGAAAACUGGUCCAUGUACCCCCUCGAACAUCCAGAACCGCCUUGACUGUGGCAGCAAUAACCUAACAGUAAGCUGGGACCCAAACCCAGAUCCCCUGAACUACAGCGUGAGCGUCAGAUCAGCAGAUGGCACUGUGCAAUUCUGCAGCAGCUGGAAUACCAGUUGCAUCAUCGGCAGUUUGAUCUGCGGCCAGAAUUACACCUUCAAUGUCACAGCCUCCAGUAAUGACUGCCGCAGCCCUCCAAGCAUGACACAAACCAUACGCACUGUGCCAUGUGUUCCUCAGCUUGUCCAAGGCAACACGGAUUGUGCAUCGAAUGCGCUGCUGGUGUCCUGGAUCAGUAGCCGUGGUGCAAGGACCUAUGCUGCCAACAUUCUGGGCCCCAAUGGCUACUCCAAUUCAUGUACCACAGCCAACCUCUCCUGCUCCUUCAGCCAGCUGCAGUGUUCUCAGCAGUAUAACAUCAGUGUGCUCGCCCUGGACAGCCAAUGCAACAGCACCAGCAGCCCUGCCAUUUCUGUGUCUACAGUUCCAUGCACCCAAAUGAAUGUGGCUACCAACCUAUCCUGCAAUGCCAGCACAGCAAUAGUAUCCUGGGAUGCCAGCCUUGCUCCUUGCCCACCUGUGAUAGUAAACAGUACCGUGAAUUGCACCACCAACGUGGCCUCAGUGUCAUGGGUGAGGGGGAACGCUGUGGUCAACGUUGUCGUCAACGCCUCGUCAUCCCAGGGCCAUCAGACCUGGUGCCGGUCCGGUAGUGGCACCUGUGACCUGGUGGACCUUCGGUGUGGCCAGAACUACACUGUGCGAGCCUCCGUAGCUGGGGCAAGCUGUGACAAUGCUGCCAGCCCUGCCUCUUACAUACUGACAGUGCCCUGUGCGCCCACUAAUGUGACUGCAGUGCGAAACUGCCAGCAGAGCUCGGUCAUGGUGAGCUGGGCAGCCAGCCAAGGAGCCAGAAAUUAUACUGUCACUGCCUUGAGCAACAGCGGACACAGUGUGGGCUCCCUCACUAACAACACAACCUGCAACAUUACCGGCCUGCGCUGCAGUCAGAUCUACGCCGUGGGAGUGAUGGCUGUGGGUGACAGCUGCAGCAGCCUUUCAAGCCAGACAGUCACAGUAGCAACAGCACCAUGUUCUCCUACUAACUUGGGAGGUUCGAUUGGCUGCUCAUCCAACACAGCCUCGAUCACGUGGAAUAUGAGCACAAAUAGUUUGAUGUAUAGUGUUCAAGCAGUGGGGAGGGCUGGAGACAGAGUGAGCUGCAAUAACACUGCCCCUAGCUGCCAACUAAACGGCCUCCUCUGUGGUCAGAAUUACAGCUUCACUGUAUCAGCCAGUGACACCAGCUGUCAAAGUCCAAACAGCACACCAUUCACCCUGAAAACUGGUCCAUGUACCCCCUCGAACGUCUGGAACCGCCUUGACUGCGGCAACAACACCCUAACAGUAAGCUGGGACCCAAACCCAGAUCCCCUGAACUACAGCGUGAGCGUCAGAUCGGCAGAUGGCAUUGUGCAAUUCUGCAGCAGCUGGAAUACCAGUUGCACCAUCGGCAGUUUGACCUGCGGCCUGAAUUACACCUUCAAUGUCACAGCCUCCAGUAAUAACUGCAGCAGCCCUCCAAGCGUGACACAAACCAUACGCACUGUGCCAUGUGUUCCUCAGCUUGUCCAAGGGAACGUGGAUUGUGCAUCGAAUGCACUGCUGGUGUCCUGGAUCAGCACCCGUGGUGCAAGGACCUAUGCUGCCAACAUUCUGGGCCCCAAUGGCUACUCCAAUUCAUGUACCACAGCCAACCUCUCCUGCUCCUUCAGCCAGCUGCAGUGUUCUCAGCAGUAUAACAUCAGUGUGCUCGUCCUGGACAGCCAAUGCAACAGCACCAGCAGCCCUGCCAUUUCUGUGUCUACAGCUCCUUGCCCACCUGUGAUAGUAAACAGUACCGUGAAUUGCACCACCAACGUGGCCUCAGUGUCAUGGGUGAGGGGGAACGCUGUGGUCAACGUUGUCGUCAACGCCUCGUCAUCCCAGGGCCAUCAGACCUGGUGCCGGUCCGGUAGUGGCACCUGUGACCUGGUGGACCUUCGGUGUGGCCAGAACUACACUGUGCGAGCCUCCGUAGCUGGGGCAAGCUGUGACAAUGCUGCCAGCCCUGCCUCUUACAUACUGACAGUGCCCUGUGCGCCCACUAAUGUGACUGCAGUGCGAAACUGCCAGCAGAGCUCGGUCAUGGUGAGCUGGGCAGCCAGCCAAGGAGCCAGAAAUUAUACUGUCACUGCCCUGAGCAACAGCGGACACAGUGUGGGCUCCCUCUCUAACAACACAACCUGCAACGUUACCGGCCUGCGCUGCAGUCAGAUCUACGCCGUGGGAGUGAUGGCUGUGGGUGACAGCUGCAGCAGCCUUUCAAGCCAGACAGUCACAGUAGCAACAGCACCAUGUUCUCCUACUAACUUGGGAGGUUCGAUUGACUGCUCAUCCAACACAGCCUCGAUCACGUGGAAUAUGAGCACAAAUAGUUUGAUGUAUAGUGUUCAAGCAGUGGGGAGGGCUGGAGACAGAGUGAGCUGCAAUAACACUGCCCCUAGCUGCCAACUAAACGGCCUCCUCUGUGGUCAGAAUUACAGCUUCACUGUAUCAGCCAGUGACACCAGCUGUCAAAGUCCAAACAGCACACCAUUCACCCUGAAAACUGGUCCAUGUACCCCCUCGAACGUCUGGAACCGCCUUGACUGCGGCAACAACACCCUAACAGUAAGCUGGGACCCAAACCCAGAUCCCCUGAACUACAGCGUGAGCGUCAGAUCGGCAGAUGGCAUUGUGCAAUUCUGCAGCAGCUGGAAUACCAGUUGCACCAUCGGCAGUUUGACCUGCGGCCUGAAUUACACCUUCAAUGUCACAGCCUCCAGUAAUAACUGCAGCAGCCCUCCAAGCGUGACACAAACCAUACGCACUGUGCCAUGUGUUCCUCAGCUUGUCCAAGGGAACGUGGAUUGUGCAUCGAAUGCACUGCUGGUGUCCUGGAUCAGCACCCGUGGUGCAAGGACCUAUGCUGCCAACAUUCUGGGCCCCAAUGGCUACUCCAAUUCAUGUACCACAGCCAACCUCUCCUGCUCCUUCAGCCAGCUGCAGUGUUCUCAGCAGUAUAACAUCAGUGUGCUCGCCCUGGACAGCCAAUGCAACAGCACCAGCAGCCCUGCCAUUUCUGUGUCUACAGCUCCUUGCCCACCUGUGAUAGUAAACAGUACCGUGAAUUGCACCACCAACGUGGCCUCAGUGUCAUGGGUGAGGGGGAACGCUGUGGUCAACGUUGUCGUCAACGCCUCGUCAUCCCAGGGCCAUCAGAUCUGGUGCCGGUCCGGUAGUGGCACCUGUAACCUGGUGGACCUUCGGUGUGGCCAGAACUACACUGUGCGAGCCUCCGUAGCUGGGGCAAGCUGUGACAAUGCUGCCAGCCCUGCCUCUUACAUACUGACAGUGCCCUGUGCGCCCACUAAUGUGACUGCAGUGCGAAACUGCCAGCAGAGCUCGGUCAUGGUGAGCUGGGCAGCCAGCCAAGGAGCCAGAAAUUAUACUGUCACUGCCUUGAGCAACAGCGGACACAGUGUGGGCUCCCUCACUAACAACACAACCUGCAACAUUACCGGCCUGCGCUGCAGUCAGAUCUACGCCGUGGGAGUGAUGGCUGUGGGUGACAGCUGCAGCAGCCUUUCAAGCCAGACAGUCACAGUAGCAACAGCACCAUGUUCUCCUACUAACUUGGGAGGUUCGAUUGACUGCUCAUCCAACACAGCCUCGAUCACGUGGAAUAUGAGCACAAAUAGUUUGAUGUAUAGUGUUCAAGCAGUGGGGAGGGCUGGAGACAGAGUGAGCUGCAAUAACACUGCCCCUAGCUGCCAACUAAGCGGCCUCCUCUGUGGUCAGAAUUACAGCUUCACUGUAUCAGCCAGUGACACCAGCUGUCAAAGUCCAAACAGCACACCAUUCACCCUGAAAACUGGUCCAUGUAUCCCGUCAAAUGUCCAGAACCGUCUUGACUGCGGCAGCAAUAACCUAACAGUAAGCUGGGACCCAAACCCAGAUCCCCUGAACUACAGUGUGAGUGUCAGAUCAGCAGAUGGCACUGUGCAAUUCUGCAGCAACUGGACUACCAGUUGCACCAUCGGCAGUUUGAUCUGCGGCCAGAAUUACACCUUCAAUGUCACAGCCUCCAGUAAUGACUGCCGCAGCCCUCCAAGUGUGACACAAACCAUACGCACUGUGCCAUGUGUUCCUCAGCCUGUCCAAGGGAACGUGGAUUGUGCAUCGAAUGCGCUGCUGGUGUCCUGGAUCAGCACCCGUGGUGCAAGGACCUAUGCUGCCAACAUUCUGGGCCCCAAUGGCUACUCCAAUUCAUGUACCACAGCCAACCUCUCCUGCUCCUUCAGCCAGCUGCAGUGUUCUCAGCAGUAUAACAUCAGUGUGCUCGCCCUAGACAGCCAAUGCAACAGCACCAGCAGCCCUGCCAUUUCUGUGUCUACAGUUCCCUGCAGCCCAGCGAACGUGGCUACCAACCUAUCAUGCAAUACCAGUACAGCAAUGGUAUCCUGGGAUGCCAGCCUGGGGGCCCGUCGUUAUACAGUGUUGGCUCUGGCCAGCAGGACAUUCCUGUGUUUCACCAACAGCACUAUCUGUCAGCUGAAUGGUCUGCAGUGUGGACAGACUUAUAACAUAACUGUGCUAGCUGAUGACGGUAACUGCAACAGCACUCUGCGGACAAGUGCUACCAUGACAGCAGUGCCCUGUGCGCCCACUAAUGUGACUGCAGUGCGAAACUGCCAGCAGAGCUCGGUCAUGGUGAGCUGGGCAGCCAGCCAAGGAGCAAGAAAUUAUACUGUCACUGCCUUGAGCAACAGCGGACACAGUGUGGGCUCCCUCUCUAACAACACAACCUGCAACAUUACCGGCCUGCGCUGCAGUCAGAUCUACGCCGUGGGAGUGAUGGCUGUGGGUGACAGCUGCAGCAGCCUUUCAAGCCAGACAGUCACAGUAGCAACAGCACCAUGUUCUCCUACUAACUUGGGAGGUUCGAUUGACUGCUCAUCCAACACAGCCUCGAUCACGUGGAAUAUGAGCACAAAUAGUUUGAUGUAUAGUGUUCAAGCAGUGGGGAGGGCUGGAGACAGAGUGAGCUGCAAUAACACUGCCCCUAGCUGCCAACUAAGCGGCCUCCUCUGUGGUCAGAAUUACAGCUUCACUGUAUCAGCCAGUGACACCAGCUGUCAAAGUCCAAACAGCACACCAUUCACCCUGAAAACUGGUCCAUGUACCCCCUCGAACAUCUGGAACCGCCUUGACUGCGGCAACAACACCCUAACAGUAAGCUGGGACCCAAACCCAGAUCCCCUGAACUACAGCGUGAGUGUCAGAUCGGCAGAUGGCACUGUGCAAUUCUGCAGCAGCUGGAAUACCAGUUGCACCAUCGGCAGUUUGACCUGCGGCCUGAAUUACACCUUCAAUGUCACAGCCUCCAGUAAUAACUGCCGCAGCCCUCCAAGCGUGACACAAACCAUACGCACUGUGCCAUGUGUUCCUCAGCCUGUCCAAGGGAACGUGGAUUGUGCAUCGAAUGCGCUGCUGGUGUCCUGGAUCAGCACCCGUGGUGCAAGGACCUAUGCUGCCAACAUUCUGGGCCCCAAUGGCUACUCCAAUUCAUGUACCACAGCCAACCUCUCCUGCUCCUUCAGCCAGCUGCAGUGUUCUCAGCAGUAUAACAUCAGUGUGCUCGCCCUGGACAGUCAAUGCAACAGCACCAGCAGCCCUGCCAUUUCUGUGUCUACAGUUCCCUGCAGUCCAGCGAACGUGGCUACCAACCUAUCAUGCAAUACCAGUACAGCAAUGGUAUCCUGGGAUGCCAGCCUGGGGGCCCGUCGUUAUACAGUGUUGGCUCUGGCCAGCAGGACAUUCCAGUGUUUCACCAACAGCACUACCUGUCAGCUGAAUGGUCUGCAGUGUGGACAGACCUAUAACAUAACUGUGCUAGCUGAUGACGGUAACUGCAACAGCACUCUGCGGACAAGUGCUACCAUGACAGCAGUGCCCUGUGCGCCCACUAAUGUGACUGCAGUGCGAAACUGCCAGCAGAGCUCGGUCAUGGUGAGCUGGGCAGCCAGCCAAGGAGCCAGAAAUUAUACUGUCACUGCCUUGAGCAACAGCGGACACAGUGUGGGCUCCCUCACUAACAACACAACCUGCAACAUUACCGGCCUGCGCUGCAGUCAGAUCUACACCGUGAGAGUGAUGGCUGUGGGUGACAGCUGCAGCAGCCUUUCAAGCCAGACAGUCACAGUAGCGACAGCACCAUGUUCUCCUGCUCGUGUCAGACCAUCCAUUGAUUGCUUAUCCAAUACAGUCUCACUCACAUGGGAUGUAAGCCCCAACAGUUUAUCUUACAAUGCACUGGCAAUCGGAAGGGCUGGAGACAGAGUGAGCUGCAAUAACACUGCCCCUAGCUGCCAACUAUGCGGCCUCCUCUGUGGUCAGAAUUACAACUUCACUGUAUCAGCCAGUGAUUCUAGCUGUCAAAGUCCGAACAGCACCCCAGUCACCCAACCAACAGCUCCUUGCUCGCCAACGAAUAUCCAGAACCGCCUUGAUUGUGGUACCAACAGCCUGACAGUCAGCUGGGAUGGAAAUUUAGAUCCCCUGAACUAUAACGUUGGUGUCAGAUCAGCGGAUGGCAUUGUGCAGACCUGUGUCAGCAUAAGUACCAGUUGUAGUGUCACCAGUUUGAGCUGUGGCCAGGAUUACGGCAUCACUGUAACAGCCUCUAAUAAUUACUGCCGCAGCCCUCCAAGUGUGACACGAACCAUACGUACUGUGCCUUGUGUUCCUCAGCUUGUCCGAGGGAAUAUCAUUUGUGCAUUGAAUACAUUGCUGGUGUCCUGGGACAGCACUCGUGGUGCUCAGGCCUAUGCUGCCAGGAUUCUGGGCUCGAACGGCUACUCCAAUUUGUGCACCACAGCCGACGUCUCCUGCUCCUUCAGCCAGCUGCAGUGUUCUCAGCAGUAUAACAUCAGUGUGCUCGCCCUGGACAGCCAAUGCAACAGCACCAGCAGCCCUGCCAUUUCUGUGUCUACAGUUCCCUGCAGCCCAGCGAACGUGGCUACCAACCUAUCCUGCAAUAGUAGUACAGCAGUGGUAUCCUGGGAUGCCAGCCUGGGGGCCCGUCGUUAUACAGUGUUGGCCGCGGCCAGCAGGUCAUUCCAGUGUUUCACCAGCAGCACUACCUGUCAGCUGAAUGGUCUGCAGUGUGGACAGACCUAUAACAUAACUGUGCUAGCUGAUGACGGUAACUGCAACAGCACUCUGCGGACAAGUGCUACCAUGACAACAGCUCCUUGCCCACCUGUGAUAGUAAACAGUACCGUGAAUUGCACCACCAACGUGGCCUCAGUGUCAUGGGUGAGGGGGAACACUGUGGUCAACGUUGUCGUCAACGCCUCGUCAUCCCAGGGCCAUCAGACUUGGUGCCGGUCCAGUAGUGGCACCUGUGACCUGGUGGACCUUCGGUGUGGCCAGAACUACACUGUGCGAGCCUCCGUAGCUGGGGCAAGCUGUGACAAUGCUGCCAGCCCUGCCUCUUACAUACUGACAGUGCCCUGUGCGCCCACUAAUGUGACUGCAGUGCGAAACUGCCAGCAGAGCUCGGUCAUGGUGAGCUGGGCAGCCAGCCAAGGAGCCAGAAAUUAUACUGUCACUGCCUUGAGCAACAGCGGACACAGUGUGGGCUCCCUCUCUAACAACACAACCUGCAACAUUACCGGCCUGCGCUGCAGUCAGAUCUACGCCGUGGGAGUGAUGGCUGUGGGUGACAGCUGCAGCAGCCUUUCAAGCCAGACAGUCACAGUAGCAACAGCACCAUGUUCUCCUACUAACUUGGGAGGUUCGAUUGACUGCUUAUCCAACACAGCCUUGAUCACGUGGAAUAUAAGCACAAAUAGUUUGAUGUAUAAUGUGCAAGCAGUGGGGAGGGCUGGAGACAGAGUGAGCAGCAAUAACACUGCCCCUAGCUGCCAACUAAGCGGCCUCCUCUGUGGUCAGAAUUACAACUUCACUGUAUCAGCCAGUGACACCAGCUGUCAAAGUCCAAACAGCAUACCAUUCACCCUGAAAACUGGUCCAUGUACCCCCUCCAACAUCCAAAACCGUCUUGACUGUGGCAGCAAUAACCUAACAGUAAGCUGGGACCCAAACCCAGAUCCCCUGAACUACAGCGUGAGCAUCAGAUCGGCAGAUGGCACUGUGCAAUUCUGCAGCAGCUGGAAUACCAAUUGCACCAUCGGCAGUUUGACCUGCGGCCUGAAUUACACCUUCAAUGUCACAGCCUCCAGUAAUAACUGCCGCAGCCCUCCAAGCAUGACACAAACCAUACGCACUGUGCUAUGUGUUCCUCAGCUUGUCCAAGGGAACGCGGAUUGUGCAUCGAAUGCACUGCUGGUGUCCUGGAACAGCACACGUGGUGCAAGGACCUAUGCUGCCAACAUUCUGGGCCCCAAUGGCUACUCCAAUUCAUGUACCACAGCCAACCUCUCCUGCUCCUUCAGCCAGCUGCAGUGUUCUCAGCAGUAUAACAUCAGUGUACUCGCCCUGGACAGCCAAUGCAACAGCACCAGCAGUCCUCCCAUUUCUGUGUCUACAGUUCCCUGCAGCCCAGUGAACGUCGCUACCAACCUAUCCUGCAAUACCAGUACAGCAAUGGUAUCCUGGGAUGCCAGCCAGGGGGCCCGUCAUUAUACAGUGUUAGCCACAGCCAGCAGGUCAUUCCAGUGUUUCACCAGCAGCACUACCUGUCAGCUGAAUGGUCUGCAGUGUGGACAGACCUAUAACAUAACUGUGCUAGCUGAUGACGGUAACUGCAACAGCACUCUGCGGACAAGUGCUACCAUGACAACAGCUCCAUGCCCACCUGUGAUUGCGAAUAGUACUAUGAAUUGCACCAACAAUGUGGCCUCACUGUCAUGGGCGAUGGGGAAUGGUGUGGUUGACGUUGUCAUCCAGGCCUCAUCAUCCCAGGGGUAUCAGACUUGGUGCAGAUCGAGAAGCAGCACUUGUAGCCUUGUGGACCUUCGAUGUGGCCAAAACUAUACUGUGCAAGCCACUGCGACUGGGGUGCGCUGCGUCAGUCUUCCCAGCCCUGCCUUUUACAUAGUUACAGCACCAUGCGCACCUCAGAAUGUUACAGGUAACCUAGACUGCAUGAGUAACUCUGCUUGGGUUACAUGGGGCCAAGCAUCUGGGGCACAGACCUAUGUGGUGACAGCACUGGGCAGUAGCGGAGAUAAUGGCACUUGUUCCACCUCCAACACCAACUGCACUGUGCCAAGCCUGCGCUGUGGUGCACUCUACACUUUUUAUGUCACUGGAUCUAACUUACAGUGUCGAAGCCCAGCUAGCAGCACCUUCAACAUCCAGACAGCUCCAUGCCAGCCAACACGCAUCUCAGCGGACCUCAGCUGUGCCAACAGCACAGCGUAUGUCACCUGGGCCCCAGUAACAGCCGCAGUGCAAUACCUGGCAUGCGCACAGAGCACAGGCAGCAACCAGCUCUGCUGUCAAACAACGAACACCUUCUGCACUGUGGUGGGGCUACAGUGUGGGUCGACAUACAACUUCUCAGUGCAGGCCUCCAAUCAAGUAUGCAGGUCUUCAUUCAGCCAGCCAUAUACCAAGGGGGCAGUCCCUUGCCCCCCCAGUGCAGUGGGGACACGGCUGUACCCCAUGCAGAAUGGGAUACAGGUGCUCAAGGUCUCCUGGGGUGUAACUGUCUGCCGUGGGGUGGAGUACCUGGCUGAGACCAGCAGUAGCAACCAGGACAACGAAGACACACACUUCGUGAUGAGCUCAUAUUGGACAGAUGGCACAGUAUUUGAGUUCCCCAUGCUCUGCAACUCCCGUUACACAGUGACAGUGCAGAGCAGGAACUUGGCAGGACCCAGUACCCUCUCAACGGCGGUCAACGGGAAAACAGCCCCCUGUGCCCCAAUGGGAUGCACAUACAGCAUCAACAAUGGAUCAGCCAUACUCUCCUGGAAUGCAUCAGUAUUGGCCACAGAGUACGCUGUGUAUGAGCUAAAAGGUGCAGAGCUGAUGUUGCUGUGUCGCACAGUUCAGCUGCAGUGCAACGUGACAGGUGCCAAUCGUAGUGCGAUUAGGGUGAUGGCCAUCAAUGACGCUGGUCAGAGCAAUCCCAGUACGAACAUCCAAGAUAUAACACGGUAUCGUACUCGAAGAGAGCUGAAAAGGACAAAUCCUUUUUAUGAAGAGGAGACGGAUUUAUCCAUUCCAGUGCUGAAGAUUGGAAAUGUCACUAGCAAUUCCCUGUAUGCAGAAUGGAAUUCUGUAGAGGGCGCUACUAGCUACAGCCUUGUGGUCAGACAGCAGUCCAGUGAACAGCCUUUUGUAGAGCUGUCUGUAUGUGGUUUUAACUCUACAGUGACAGACCUGAAGCCUGCCACCACAUACUGCGUCUCUGUGUCUGCCAAAACAUCAACAAGCACAAGCCCCUAUUCUACCCCAAUCUGUGUAAAAACUGGAGUUCAGAUCUAAGGGUUUCUUUCAGCAUACCAGACCAGUCAACAUGGGGACAAAUAAAAAAUGUCAACUGUAAAGAGCAGCUUUCAUAGCAUUAGAUAAAAGCACCUAAUGCAAGCAAGUCUUAGGAAAUAACUUUUCUUGAAAAUCAUGUAGAAAAUCAUGUUUGAAAACGAAACCAUCUUUGACACUUUGAUUUAAACGUGGUGAAAUGUGAUGAAGAACAAUUGCAAAUUUAAAAUAAAUCAAACCAAUAAACUUCCAAAAUUACAAAAAUAAACACUAUAUAAAAUGUAUUCUUACUUCCAUUGUUUAAAUUAGGUUUAAAUUACAUAUUUAGGUGAAGUGCAA